UAAAACAAAAAAAGUGUUUAUCUCAAAGAAAAAGAAGAUAGUCCAUACCAAGAUUGGUAUUUGUAGCGGUUUAAUUUUUUCCCCAGAAAGCAUUAAUUAUGUUGAGAGUGUGGACGUGGUAUCAGAAUUGCAUGGCCGAGCGGCCAUUGGAGACCCAAGUCAUCAGCUCUGGAAUUCUGUGGGCUAUUGCAGACGUGGUUGCUCAAUCCAUCAGCAUCUCCACUGCCAAGAAACGCCUUCUCAUCUCUGUUGCUGAAGCUUCAUUUGGUAACACCAUUAUAUUACUCAUGUUUCAGGGUUCAAACAAAGAGCUCACAAUGGACAGGAAACGCGUUGGGAUCACAUGCAUGUAUGGCAUUGGCUUCUUUGGACCGCUUGGCCAUUUCUGGUAUAAAGGUCUGGACCAAUUCAUCAAGCUUCGGUUUCGACUGCAGCCAAAUUCGUUGCAGUUCCUGGCGACUAAAGUGGCUGUGGAUAUCCUGGUGUUUGGGCCUCUGAAUCUGCUGCUUUUCUUCACUUACAUGGGGUUUUCGAUGGGAAAGAGUGCGAGCCAAGUGAAGGAGACUAUAAAGCGCGAUUUCCUGCCGGCUCUAGCGCUAGAGGGGAGCGUGUGGCCACUCGCUCAAGCUGUGAAUUUCCGGUAUGUCCCCGUUCAAUACCAGCUUCUGUAUGUCAACGUCUUUAGCUUGUUAGAUAGCGCUUUCUUGUCAUGGUUGGAGCAGCAGCAGAAAGACCCACCAGGGAAUCAAUGUUAUGCUUUAGUUCCCAUUUCAAAUGACCCAAAAGAUGAAUUCAAAUGAAUUCAAU